AUGAUAAAAGAUCAGAAGGAUGAUAUGAUUAUCAUGCUGAAGCGUAAAAAUGCUGAACUUGAUGAGCAAGUAAAAAUAUUGGCAAAGUAGAAUGGGGAAUUCAAAAAAGGAGAUAGCUUAGCAGAGAAUAAAAUCAAAGCACUUGAGGAAAUGCAUGCUUAAAAAAUUAAAACUCUUUUAAAAUCGAUUUAGAUUCUGAAGAAAGAAGUUUAAAAGGAAAAAUUCGAGAAAAAAGACAAUAUCAGAGCACAAAAAAUUGAAGCAUUAAAUAGAGAUAUAUAGUAUUGUGAGAUGGCAAUCAAUGCCUUAAGAAAGCUAGUAAAUUAGGAGGAUAAAUGCGACUAGGCAAUUAAGCAAGAGUUAGAUAAAGGUCCAAAGAGAAUCAGAGUUGCAUCAAGAGAGGAAUUGAAGAUGGACAUAAAUAAGUAUAAGAAUAUGUCACUCAAACUAUUAGAAAUCCUUAAGUAAAAUGGCAUCAAAUAGCCAUCUUGGUUUAAAAUUGAUCAAGCUGCUGGAUCAGGCUUGAAAGAAGAAAAAAAUCCAUUAGGAGGAUUCGACAUAAACAAUAUGAGCGCAGCUCAAAGUGUUGUUGGUGAUGGUAAAGAUGUAGGUGGUUCUGGAGAAGAUCUUGGUCUAGAUGAGUAAGCCUUACUGGAAGAAAAUAAUAGAAUGCAGGAUAUCAUUUCAAAGCUUAAUAUAGAACUCAAAGAGAAAAAUGAGAAACUACUUGAAUUAUUAGAUGACAUAGAAGAGAUUAAGAUCUAAGUUUAUUCCAGGGACAAGUCAAUAGAACUCUAAUAAAAACAAAUUGAGGAUCUACUGGAAGAACUUAGAGACUCGAAGACUAUGGAUAAUGACAUUAAGAUUUUGGCAGCAAAGAAAUUCCAAAUGGAAGAGGAAAAUAUAAGGUUGAGAAAGGAAUUAGAUGAGAGAUAUAUUAUUGGCUAGGAUAGAAAGAAUGUUGAGAGCGAGAUGUCCACUCAAAUUAGUGCACUUUCAGAAAACGUUAAGAAGCUAUCUGAGUAACUUAACUAAGCUAUCGAAAUGAAUAAAGCUUUGGAGGCAAAGAUAAAAACCGCUGAGAAUUCAUAUAAAGAUGAUUCUUACGCAAAACAAAAGAAGAUUGACGAGCUGACAAGAGAGGUCUUAAAUCAAAAGAAAAGAGCUGAUGAUUAUGAGUCUAGAUUGCAAGGAGCAGAUUCAUUAGCAUAAGGAGCUAUUAGUAAGAAAGAGGAGGAUCUUGAUGCAUACAGAAGAUAGUUGAUUGAAUUCGAGAAAAUAAUUAAGCAAAAAGAGGAUUAGAUAUCUGAAUUAUAGACAAAGAUCAUAUCUCUUAGUCAUGAAGUAACUGAGAAAGAUAUGGAAAUUGAGUUUUAUUCAACUUCGAUUGAAGAAUUAAGAGGUGAAUUAGCGAAGGCCCAGUCAGCCGCUAAUUCAGGCUAAGGUGGAGCAGCUAAUGCUUAACUAAACUCAGGUUAGUCCGUUGACAUCAAUGAGUAUAAUAGUCUCAAAGCUAAGUAUAGAUUGCUCAUGAGAAAAGAAGUAGAAUUGGUAGAAGAGAUAGAUGCUCUUAAAUAACAGCAUUUAGAGGAAAACAAUGCAAGAAGCGUAAAGAAUAUUUUAGACAGAUCAAAGAGUAGAGGAAGAUAAGAGGGCAAUCCUAUAGCAAGCAAUGGUUUUGAAAGAGCAGGUAUGGGUGCAUCUUAGUAGGCUAGUUUUAAUCUUGGUUAAUAGAAGCCACCAAAGGGUUAAUAAUGA